CUUCUCUGUCUGUUGGGACUGAAAGAGUUCAUUAUGUCUAAAGGAACUGUGGUUCUGGCUUACAGCGGUGGACUGGACACCUCCUGUAUUCUAGUGUGGCUYAAAGAGCAGGGCUACGACGUCAUCGCAUACUUGGCCAAUAUCGGACAAGAUGAAGAUUUCGAAGCUGCCSGGAAAAAGGCGGAAAGCCUCGGUGCAAAGAAGGUUUUUAUUGAAGAUCUGCGCACAGAGUUUGUGGAAGACUUCAUCUGGCCUGCCGUUCAGGCCAACGCCGUCUACGAGGACCGCUAUCUGAUGGGCACUGCGAUCGCUCGGCCCUGCAUCGCCCGCCGUCAGGUUGAGAUCGCGCUCAGGGAGGGCGCUCAGUUUGUCUCCCACGGUGCCACUGGGAAGGGAAAUGACCAGAUACGCUUUGAGCUCACGUGCUACGCUCUCUACCCCAAAGUUAAGAUCAUCGCGCCGUGGAGGAUCCCCGAGUUUUAUAAUCGCUUCAAGGGAAGAAAGGACCUGAUGGAGUAUGCACAGGAACAUGGCAUCCCAGUUCCCGUUACUCCUCGGGCUCCCUGGAGCAUGGAUGCCAAUCUGAUGCACAUAAGCUAUGAGUCUGGAAUCCUGGAGAAUCCCAAGAGUCAUGCUCCAGCCGACUUGUACCUGAUGACCAAAAACCCAGAAGAGUCUCCGAGUGACCCAGAUGUGCUGGAGAUUGAGUUCAAGAAAGGAGUGCCAGUCAAGGUGAUCCAUGUGAAAGAUGGGAAAUCCAAAGACACGCCGUUGGAGAUCUUCUCAUACCUCAAUGAGAUAGGAGGAAAGCAUGGAGUGGGCCGGAUUGAUAUUGUAGAGAAUCGUUUUAUUGGAAUGAAGUCACGAGGAAUAUACGAAACUCCAGGGGGCACGGUUCUGCUGCAGGCCCAUUUGGACAUCGAGACUUUUACCAUGGACAAAGAGGUUCGCAGGAUCAAACAGGGACUGGGUAUCAAGUUCUCGGAACUCGUGUACAAUGGAUUUUGGUACAGUCCAGAGUGUGACUUUGUGCGACACUGCAUAGCCAAGUCCCAGGAGAAUGUGGAGGGCAAAGUCCAGCUGUCUGUCUUCAAGGGUCAGGUUUACAUCCUGGGACGAGAGUCUCCCAAGUCCCUGUACAACGAGGAGCUGGUCAGCAUGGACGUUCAGGGAGACUAUGACCCAUGUGAUGCCUCUGGAUUCAUCCGGAUAAACGCUGUCAGGUUAAGGGAGCACAACCGCUUGCAGGGUUUCUCUGGCGCCAAACAGUAACCACUGAAGCUCUGUGAUUCAUCUUCUCAUCUUAAACACAAAUGAGUUGAAACUUUGUGCCUCUGUUGUCUACCUAUAGCCUUAAUGUUUAGUGUAGGUAGUAUUAACAUCACAAAUGUAAACUUCGUAGUGUUUAGCUGGUUUUCAGGUGAUAAAGAAAAGAAAAAAUGUCACAGAAUUAGUCUAAAUCAGAUCUCCAGAUGUUCUAAAAUAUACUGUUCAUAAAUGCAUAGUAAAAAAAUCUGUUUGUUAA